UGUCUAUCCGUUCCGUCGUCUCUUUCUUCUCUCUACCUUCAGUCCACCACAAUUUCAAUGAUCCUUUGGCUCUGAGGGAGAGUGGGUCUAAUGAUGGGAUUUUAUAGCAGUAAUUCAGUGUUGAACUCCGCCUUCUCCCCAUGUGUUAGUAGUGGAAGCCUCUACUUUAGUCGAAGAAUAAGAAGAAGAACCCCAUUCUUCUUUGUACAAGAAUCUCCUCUUCGUUUUUGUCGCAAAUGCACUACUACGAUGGUGCUUGUAGACAAGGAAGAAAAGGGCCCCAAUUGGGUUGAUCUGAAUCAUCAUCAUCAUCAUCAUCAUAUUACAGAAGAACAAGAGGAGGCAAUUAGUCGAAUUCCUGUUAACAUGUCUAAACGAUGUCAAGCGCUUAUGAAGCAGAUAAUAAUUUGCUUCUCGGAGAAGGAUAGCUUUUGCUGCGAUGAUAUGUUGGCUGCUUGGGUUAAGCGGAUGAAACCCAUUCGAGCUGACUGGCUUUCCCUUCUUAAACACCUCAACACUCUUGACUCUCCCUUUUAUAUCAAGGUGGCUGAAUAUGCGCUGCUCGAGGAUUCCUUUGAAGCCAACCCCCGUGAUUAUACCAAGAUCAUCCAUUACUAUGGGAAACUUAACCAAAUUCAAGACGCUGAGAAUACUCUUGUUGCUAUGAAAAACCGUGGCUUUCUCAUUGAUCAAGUCACCUUAACUGCCAUGCUUCAGUCGUACAGCAAGGCAGGCUAUCACCGCUUGGCCCAAGACACUUUCAACCAUGUCAAAUUGCUUGGGGAACCACUCGACUAUCGUUCCUACGGUUCCAUGAUUAUGGCCUACAUUAGAGCUGGCACUCCCGAGAAAGGAGAGGCUUUGCUCCGAGAAAUGGACUCCCUAGAUAUCUGUGCCGGGAGAGAGGUUUACAAGGCCUUGUUGAGAUCCUACUCUAUGUCUGGAGAUCCCCAAGGAUCCAAGCGUGUUUUUGAUGCUCUUCAAAUCGCCGGGGUCACUCCUGAUGCAAAGCUAUGUGGACUGCUCAUCAACGCAUACAGUGUCUCGGGUCAGAGCCAGAAUGCUCGUUUGGCUUUUGAGAAUAUGAGAAAAGCCGGAAUCAAAGCUACUGACAAGUGUGUGGCUCUUGUGUUGUCUGCUUAUGAAAUGGAAGAAAAGCUGAAUGAAGCGUUAGGGUUCUUAGUUGAGCUCGAGAAAGACUCGAUCGUGGUUGGUAAAGAAGCUUCUGCUGUGUUGGCUCGGUGGUUUAAGAAACUCGGUGUUGUUGAAGAGGUCGAGUUACUUCUCAGGGAAUUUUCAUCCCACAAUACCGUCUGACAUGGAUGCUUGUUUCUAUACAUGUUCAGUAUAUUUAAUCCAUUGUCCAAUAUUAACAUUAAUAAUUGUUCCUUGUAAUUUCAUGUUAAAGAGGCAAGUUCUUGGUU